CUAACCAGGAUAUCCAUGAUGCUGCAUGAUUUUUGUCCUAACUUUCUCAAGUUUUACCUUUUCUGGGUGAAGUUAAUGCUAUUAAGUGGAAUCCGACCGGCUCAUUAUUGGCUUCUUGCUCUGAUGAUCAUACAGCAAAGUUGUAUGCUUUAUGCAGUCUUUUUUUGGCUUCUUUUGGUUUUCUCCCAUUUCUGGGUUCAGUCAGUGAAGAGAGUUAAAUGCUUUAUGCAGAAUGCUUGGUGGCUGGAUUUAGGACGGUUGUCAGUGGGAUUUGGUGUCGGUAUAAUUUGCUACGUGGUACCUGUAUACAUAGCAGAAAUAACACCUACUGAUCUUAGAGGAAGGUUUACUUCAGCUACUCAGAUUUGGUAUUGAAUAUGGAAGGCCGGAAGCCUUGUUGCAUUGAUGAAGAGGAACUGAGGAAGCCAUGCUGGAAAUGUUUGAUUGUUUGCACUUUGAAGA